AUGAGUGAAGUUAAGUCUACUGUGUUAACAAUAACCGCAUUGGGGUUAAUGGGGGUUUCAUUGGCAUUGUCGUACAUUUCCGCAAUUAUGGGAUUAGUAUAUUCAAUACCUUUUGGAAAUUUUACCGAUGGUGGUGUUGGAUAUAAAGUUUUUAUAUAUAUUCUUGCUCUUAUAAUUCCUCUGUUCCUCGCAAUCUUUACGAAGUACUUUAAACCCACUAAGGUUAAGUACCAAAAUCUACUUAUUAUUGCGGGCAUAUGUUUCACAUUUGUGUCGUUUUUCAUGUUUGUGUGUGCUGUUGCGUGUACGGUGAAAUACCCCGGCACAUGGGCAUCUGCGAAUAUGACAAAGCGAGUUGAAUAUGAAACAAAACACGAGUGUUGUAUAAACACAAAACAAGUAGGGGCUCUUAACGACGUACCAACAACUAAAUACAUGUAUUUUACUGAUUGUCCUUAUGUAAAAUACAAUGUCACGGACACAGAAGAUUGUUUGGUUAAACCUGAGUAUACACUAUGUCCUGGGUAUUUGCUUGGACUUACAGAAGAUGAUUCGUGUUGGAAAACUAUAUACCCUGAUAAUCCAUAUACAAUCAUCAUGGAUGCAGUCUAUGCUUUUACUUCAAUAUGGUUCUUAAUUUGUACGGUGUAUGCUAUUGUGUUAAGGUUUAAGAAAACUCUUAGAAAAUGCUGUUGUUGUGUGAUACCUUAUCAUCUGAAAACCAUUGAUAUUGACACACAAGUACCACAAGAACCUGAAAUUAACAUGAAAGAGGAAAUGGAAAAACAAAAUAAAGAGGAAAACAUGGAAGUAGAACCAGCACCAUCGAAUCCUUAA